AAAUGCCUCCCCUUUUCCCACCAGUGCUGGAGGGGGACAACUGCGUGUUCGACGGGAUGAUUUACCGCAAUGGGGAGAGCUUCCAGCCCAGCUGCAAGUACCAGUGCACCUGCCGCGACGGCCAGAUCGGCUGCCUGCCCCGCUGCAACCUGGACCUGCUGCUCCCCGGCCCCGACUGCCCCUUCCCCAGAAAAGUCGAAGUCCCUGGAGAGUGCUGUGAGAAGUGGGUCUGCGACCUGGACGAUGAAGUGAUUUUGGGAGGUUUUGCCAUGGCUGCCUACAGGCAAGAGGCCACACUUGGGAUCAUGUCAGAUUCAAGUGCCAACUGUAUUGAGCAGACAACAGAAUGGAGUGCUUGUUCCACGAGCUGUGGAAUGGGCUUUUCCACCCGUGUUACCAACAGGAAUCAGCAGUGUGAGAUGGUGAAGCAGACACGGCUUUGCAUGAUAAGGCCCUGUGAAAAUGAAGAACCAUCUGACAAGAAAGGGAAGAAGUGUGUCCGAACGAGGAGGGCGGCGAGAGCCGUUCGCUACGAGUACCAGAACUGCACGAGCGUGCAGGCGUACCGGCCGCGCUUCUGCGGGCUCUGCGGCGACGGCCGCUGCUGCACCCCGCACGGCACCAAAACCAUCCAGGUGCAGUUCCGCUGCCCCCAGGGCAAGGCCCUGAGAAAGCCAGUGAUGCUCAUCAACACCUGUGUCUGCCACAACAACUGUCCUCAGAGCAACGUGGUUUUCUUCCAGCCGUUGGACCCCACGUCUGGUGAAGCAAAAUUAUGAAAAGCAUGAAUUAGAUAGAGCAGAAAGUAUGAGCAGUUUAUACAAAACUUGACCCACAAUCAGGUGAAUGUAACAAUUGCAUAUAUGAGACUUCUAAAAUAUUUUUCAGAAUGGUCUUUCAAACUAGGUGCUUUUUUUCCCCCAUAGUUUAUUAAAUACCUCAUUUUCCAUUUGCCCCCUCCAAAUGUCUUUUAUUCACUUGAAGGAAAUUUUGUACCUUGGACAGAGCCCUCUUUUUUUCUUGAUGGUGGCAUAAAGAUUACAAAGCCAACAGCCAGACUUUCCCCUUGAGUUAAGGGAAUCAUGCAGCAAGUUUCAGUGGGUGUAAGACUGGGCUUCUUGAGAGUGUAUUCCUUGAGGAAUACAUGAUAUUGCAUCAUAUAAGCUUCCAGGCUCUUAACUUCACUUUCCAUACCGCAGUGUUCUUUUUUCUUUUUAAUGAAACUCUGUUUUUUGAUGACAGUAAAAAUCUUACUGAUAAAAAUGUUACAUUCUUGUGGUUUAUAAAGUACCUUCUGUCAAUACCUCUGACUGAGGAUUAAGAUUGCACGUAGCCCUGGAAAUGACAUAGGGUAAGAUCUCUUAUCCUGAAGCACAGCAGGUUGAUAGCUGACAGCAAUUAAAUUUCUCUUUGGUACCUUCACUAGCAGUCUAAUCCAAAACCAACUGAAGUCAGUGUUGUAUAAGAAUUUGACUCUAAUCCACAUGUGUCUGUAGAUAUAACUAUUUGGAUGCAAAAAUAAUAUAUCUGUAAAUUCCUCUAAAAUACUAAUAGUAUAAUUUGGUGCUUCAUUUCUUAGAAAGGCGUAUAUGUAAAUAGAAACUGUACAUACUGUAAUAUAACUUUACAAAGUAAAUAAAGUUUAUGUGAUUCAAAAUA